AUGGUAGAAGCUCAUGGUUCAUUGGAAGAGGAUGUAGUCAAAAAGGAUAUUGCCUACCUUGCAAAGAAUUUCCGUAAAUUUCUAAAGUUCAAGAAUAGCGAGAAAUUUGGUGAUAAAGGAAAAUUCAUGAAUUCAGGGAAGGAGGAGAAGGACUUCAAAAAGAGAGAAGGGAAGGAGUCCCAAUCUACUCAAGGAAUCACUUGUUUUGAAUGUAAUGGACAUGGCCAUUUGAAAAAGGAAUGUCCUAAUUACUUGAGAUCGAAGGGCAAGGUGUAUGCCACCACUCUUAGUGACUCAGAUUCCUUCACCUCUAAUUCUAAGGAUAGCUGUGAUGAAGAAGGGAAUUUCUCAGAAUUCAUGACUAUUGCUCGUGUUGAGUCUUCGAUGGACUUGAAUGUGCUUGUAGAAGAGUUUGGGGAGCAUAGUGAUAAGGAAUUCAUGGGAAUUGUAGAAGAAUCAGAUGCUGAAGAAGAUGAAGAUACAGUUGGUCUUAGAGAAAACUACAAUUCUCUACUUGAAAAGUUAGGGGAAUAUGCAAAGGUGGCCAAGGUAGCUGUGAAAAAGAUGAAGAAAACUGAGGAGGACUACAGAAGUCUCCUAGUGAGAUAUAAGGAGGCCAAGUGUGAGAUAGAGACGCUAAAUGGCGAACUAACCGAAGCUUACACUAAGGUAGAGCGAGUCUCCACAAAGAAGCUUGAUGAUGUCCUUUCCUCUCAGAAGACCUUCUCUGACAAAACUGGAUUAAGAUACACACGAGAAAGUAGUUCAGAUGUGAACAUCUCUAAAGAAGUGAAGUUUGUGAAGGCCAAAGAGCCAAUUGUAGUUGUCUCUACUGUUGAGAAAAAGAAGAAUGUAACUGACCAACGGAUGUUGAACAAGCCCCAUAAUCAAUCUGUGGUCAAGUUUGAAGCCAAAGCAAAACGAUCGCAAAAAGGUCCUAGAACGAACCAUGUGUGUAAUCACUGCGGACCUCAAGGGCACACCCGACCCAAUUGUCAUAAGCUGAAGGCAUUGAGGAAUGCUAGUGAUCAAAGGUCAAGAAGGCCAAGAAAUGACAAGAGGACUUGGGCUGUUGAGCCAUCAAGAGAUCGAAAUGGUAAUCCCGGAAUGAUGGACGUGAUGAAGAUGACUGGUGCAUUCUCCAACUGCUUGGAAAGCUCCACUAGAAGGUUUUAA